AUGAAUUGGCUAGAUGAUCCUGAUCUAGCUUCUGCAGAGGAAAAUACACCUAUGCACAAGACAUACAAGCCAAUUCAUGCUUCAAUAUCGAAAAUACAGCAAGAAAGUCAAGGAGCACUUUAUGAUACUUCAGAUUUUCUCGCGGAUACAAGGAAUUUUAGCAUUGAUAAGCCAGGAUCGGAGUCAUCUGAUCCUAUACUCGCUAUUCAAAAUCCAGGAUUAUACGCAAUGCGAAACAGAGCAAGUAAAAAUACGAAACCAAUUUUAUAUUCACCAUUGACAUCAACUAAAAAGGCUCAAUCUCGUCUACAAACAUCCCUUGGCAAACGGCUAUUAUCAUCAUUAAGAAAUUCUGGUAAAGUUCCGCAUGAAAUGUAUAAUCAAGAAUUAAAACCGGAAGAACUAUCAAUUGACUUUGAUGAAGAACCAAUAGCAUACUUCUCAAAGCACAAAGAUGGUCAUGGACUUCGUUUUAUCUACUUAAUUUACGCUCAAAAUCCUUCUGAUCCAGAUUUUUCACCAUAUAACUUAAGGAAAGUCACAUCCGCUGAAAUCGGUAAUGAUUACUUCAUGAUGUCAGCUACAGGUGUUACUCACGUAGAUCCUUCAGGUUUUACAGAAUCAAUUUCAUUAGAUCAAUGGGCACGAGAAGAAUCAAUUUUUCAAAGUGUCAGGAGGCUAAAAAUCUUCCAGAAAUACUGUUAUUGGUAUCCAUUUACAAUUUGGAAGAAAUUCGUUUUACGACGAAGAUAUGAAGAAUUACAACAAAUAACAUAUGUCAAACCAAUCUUCAAGAACCCAGAAUUCUUCAUUAACGAGCUACAAUUCUAUAUUUCAACGUCAUUAGUCGAUAAAAUGAUUUUUGAAAAUUUAUUUGCAUUUGAAACCCAAAAAAUGUACACUUUACCAGAUUUCCAAGCCAAAAGCAAAGAUCUCAAGGACAAUUUGAAGGCCCAAUACUUUAAAUACAUCGAAGGCAUAAAUCACAAAAUUUCGAAAGAUAUUUAUUCGAAAUUAUCAGAUAAACAGCUUAUAGAAGUUGCAGACAAAGAUUUCUGGAAAGGCAGAAAGAACCCACCAAACAUUACACAGCUUGCAAACCUCGAAAAGAAGAAAUCUGAACUAAGAAAAGAAAAAACUGACAAUGUCAACAAAGAAAUCAAAGCAAUAGGGAAUAUGAUCAGAUCUGUUGAUUACAUGAUCCUUGAAAAUCUUGUUACAGCUACAAUUGAUGCUUUUGAAAACGCAGAUUCUGUAUUUUCGACUGAUAUGUCUAGUGUUUUCAAAGUUGAAGUUGUUUUUACUGAUAAAGGACAAAUCGAAUUAACUCCAUCGCUUGGAGAGAUAGAAAAAGCAAUUGCCGCAGAAGUACAAAUCAGUAUGAAGUUAGUUAACUCACUACCACGUAUUUUACAUGAAACUUCCCUUUGUCCUUUCAUAAGAGACGCUGGUUUAGACAUUGAAAAUUUGUAUAGAUAUGGUCCGAAUUUUUUGAUGUUGAUUCAUUCAAGGAAAGAACAUAUUGAAGCUGAGAAACACAUACUAGAUAUAAUAAGGAAAUCAUAUAACGAAGCUGUAGAAUCAACAAGAUCGUUCGCUGAAUACUACAAUAUCUUCAAACUAGGUCAAGAUUGGAAUGCAAUGGAAUUUUUGUUUACAAGAAAAGGUGACGAAUUUAAAGGUGUCAUAAGUGAAGUGAGAGAAGGAGUUAAAGAAGAUGAUUUCCUUAUUAAUAGUGGUGAUGAACCUGUUGUUGAUUUUGAAGAAAUAGAUAGAGCUCUUAAAGGUUUCGUAAGGGAUCAAGAAGCCGUUACAAAUAUCAGACAAAGAACUUCAAAAGGAGCUUUGUUUAUUGAUUCUUCCAAUUUCAGAUCGAUUUUGUUGCCAAUUCCUAAGAAAGGAAUUGAUGAUAUAAAGGAUUUGAUAACUAAACUCGUUAAAAUGAAGAUUGCUCUUACAGAAAACGUUCUUAAUAAUUAUUCAAUUGCUUUGAACGCUGAACCAAAGAGUUUAGAAUCAUAUAUAAGUUUAUGCGAACUUGUAAAAAGAACAGAACAAAUUAAACCAGCAAUUAAUGAAGAAAUUGACUUCGUAAACAAAGGAAUUGCAUUGUUAUCUAAAUAUAAGAUCAAUACUAUACAAGUAAAUCCUCUUGAUAAACUCAUGAACGCGUUCUCUGAAGCUGAACAAGUUGCAAUUGCAAACAAAACUAAGUUUAGAGAUGAAUACUCAGUUAUUUUGCAGAAAAAAGUCGAAGACAUGGAAAAAGUUUUAUCAAAAUUGUAUUCGGAAGUUACAUCAAUACCUUCUACACUCGAUGAAGUAUCUAAAGGUAUUAAGAUGUACUCGGAACGCGCUAAAGAACAGAAAGAAAAGAUUUCUGCUUUGCAAGAUGAAAUUAAUAAAUUAGUUUCAAUGCAACAAAUAACAGGAAUCGAAUUCAAUGAUUUUUCUUUCUACCAAAACAUCAUCAAGAUCGUCGACCAGAUGCUAUUGAUGUUCAGCGCUAUCCAGGAUUGGGUCAGACUCACAGAUUUCACAACGAAUUCUCCAUUUUCAGAAAUCGAUGUCGAAAACUUCCUUCAAACAUUCAAUCACAUUACAUCAAUUAUAGAAGCAUUGAAUGUUGGUGGAUUAAAGACACCUGUUUUCGAUGAAUUGAAGAAGACAACGGAUUCGUUCAAGCUUGUUUUAACAAAUCUCCAGAAUUUAUCAAAUGCCCCUAUGCAUCAAAGACAUUGGGAAUCUUUGUAUGCGGAAUGCAAUUGCCAAGAAAAGUAUUCACAAGAUGUAACAAUCAAGCAAUUGAUGCAAUACGGAAUACUUUCAAACGAUGGCGUUGUUGCUCAAGUAACAUCAUUCGCACACGCAGAAGCUGAAGUAGAAUUAGAAUUCGUAAAUGUUCAUGAGCAUUGGCAUAAUGUUAAAUUGCAAUUGCAAGAAACAAUGGUUUUAACAGAAGACACAUUAAAUAUCGCUCCUAUUGAUCCAAUCAUUACAAAUAUUGCUGAUUCUUUGAUUGUUUUAGAGAAAAUACAAGCAAAUCCUUAUUCUGGAAACAUAAGAAAUCAAUGUUCCGAUUUGAUACAGAACUUAAAUUCAUGUCAUCAAAUAUUGGAAUCAUGGUUCUUGUUCCAAAGAAACUUCAAUUGCGUUGCAACAAUUUUCAAAUCAGAUGAAGCAAGAAAAAUGUUGCCAAAAUUGACAGAAAAAUAUGUUGAUGUUCAAAACGAAUGGCAUAAGAUUGCAAGGCAUGUAAUGAAUGAUACAAGAUUAUUCUCUGUUUGUUCAUAUCCUGAUUUGUAUACUGUUAUUCGUAAGAUGGAUAAAGUUCUUGAAGAAAUCAUUAGUUCAAGUUCUCCUCUCAUUGACAAGAAGCGACAAUUAUGUCCAAGACUCAAUUUCCUAUCAGAUCUCGAGAUUCUUAAGCUCAUUACCACUAAAUCAUUCGAGUCAUUCACACAUAUUGUCGUGAAGAUGUUGAUGGGAGUUGUUAAAUUCGAUACUCAUGAAAAUGAACAAGAAUAUACGGAAUCAUUCCAAAGAAUGAAGAUUUAUGGAUUGAUUGGCCAACAUAAUGAUACUUGCGCUUUCUUGCAUCAAGUAGGAUACACUUCUGAUAUCGAAACAUUAGUAAAUGAUAUAAUAGAAGCAAUGCAAGCAGCAAUGAGAGAACAUAUCAGUGUUUCAUUGGUAUUAUUCCCAACAAUGCCUUUUGCUGAAUGGGUUCAACAAACAUCAACUUAUACAGCAAUUAUUUGUUUGAAUAUUAUAAUAACAAGAGAAGUUUUGGAGUGUUUCAAGACUUUGGAAUCACAUCCGAAAGCAUUCUUAGAUUUCGAACAAUUAAUUACUCGAAGAAUCAAUGAUGCAAUCGGAUUAAGAUCUUUGAAUAUUCCUGAAAAAGAUCGUCCUAAAGUUGCUUCAAUUAUAAUUUUCUUGAUAUCUAUAAGAGAUAGAUUCAGAGAAUUAUAUCAGCCAAGAUGGAAUUACCAACAAGAAUUGGCAAUGAACAACAUCUUGAACUACAGUUUCGCUGGUUCUACAAAUGAUGUAAUUGUAGAACACGGAACAUCGAAAUGGAAUUUCGGAUAUGAAUAUUGGGGCUCUGUUCCAAGAUUGAUAUUCACUCCUGAAAUAGAAAGUGUUUAUCAAGAUGUUGCUGCAAGCGGUUCAUUGUUUGGUCCUACGUUGAUAAGCGGUCCAUCACAUUCAGGAAAGAUUUUGAUUGCAAGAACAUUGGCUUCAAUGUUUGGUUCUCCUGCUUUUGUGUUCAAUUCUUUCCCAGAAAUCAAUGCAGCUUCAUUAAAGAGAAUUGUCAUUGGCACUUCAACAAUUGGAGCAUGGACAAUCAUCGCUGGUUUAGAGAGAAUGACACCUUCGAGAUUGAGUUAUUUAUUUGAUUGUUCGUGGCAGAUAAAUUCAUUAAAUAACACAGGAAAAAUCAAUAUUGAAGGAAUACAAGUUCCUUACUCCAAACAAUCGAGAAUUUUGUUCACAACAAGUGCUAAAACAGAGAAGAUUCCAACACAAAUAAGAUCAUUUGCAAGAACAGUUGCAAUGAGGGUUCCUGAUCUCGAAAUCUUUGCUCAAAUCAAACUUUUAACAACAGGUUUCCAUGAUUAUGGAGAAUUAGCUCCAAAACUUGUUGCCUUCUUGAAAUCAAUCAAACCAUUAUUCAGUUUCAAGACACCUCUUCCUGAAAUGAACGCCAUCAUCGAGAACGCAGCAAACUUCAGAAGAACAGGUUCAGAAGAUGCGAUGUUGGCAAGUGCUUGUUAUGAUUUCUUCGAAUCUCAAUGCGACCACAAUGUUUUGACUCAUUUAGUUUAUGCUGCAUUCAGAUUAGGCGAUUCAUUCGAAGAACUCAUAGAAAAGGUUGAAUACGCAAGAUACAAUGAAGAUAGAGAAGCAUUCAGAGCAUUGAUCAUCAAGGAAUGCUCAAGAUUAAAUGUGAAAAUUCCAACACAAUUCUUCGUAAACAACGUUGUAACUGUUAAAGAACUAUUAAUGAACAGAAUGUGUGUCAUCAUUGUUGGUCCUCCACAUACAGGAAAGUCAUUGAUCACAAAAGUCCUCGAAAAUGUCAUGAAACAACCGGAAUUCAAGAAAUCUUUUCCAAAGUUGAAACCGUUCAAGGUCAUAAAUUGCUACAUGAACUCAGAUCUUCCAAGAAAUAUCUAUGGCGAGACAGUUGAUGGCAUUUAUAGACACGGCCAAAUUAUUUCUAUUGUCAAUGAAAAAAUUGACAGUAGAAAAGAUUACAACGUUUUGUUGAAGUUCGAUGGACCAAUCACGAAAGAGUUUGAUUCAUUUAUUACUUCAUUCUUAGGUACACCUGAUUUGAGCUCAUUUGGAUUAGGAUCAAUUGAUACUUACCACAAAGAUUCGGGAUUACCAGGUAUUUUGAUUGAAACAACAGAUAUUUCUCAUGCUUCUCCAUCAUUAAUUGCAAGAUCUGCAAUUGUUAUGUCAUGCGAAGAAGUAGAGAAACAAUGUGUGAUGUUAAACCCAAUGUUUACUUUAAGUCACGCUGCUUCUUUCGCAAGAGAUUUGACGAGCGAUUCCAUUGCAAGUAUUUUUGAAAUCUUUAAACAAGUUGCUCCUUCUGUUGUUAAUAAGAUCUAUAAUACUCCAAAUCCUAUAUGUUACGCAAAAGAACCACAGUAUACAAAUGAUAAUUCGCGUUAUAUCAGUGAAGUUUUACCAUACCAAGCUUCAGUUUAUGCCUUGAAUACAUUCAUGAAGAACAAAGAAAUGUUGUCAACUCAACAAGGAAUUUUAACUGUAAUUGUUUUCACAAUUAUGCAUGUUUUCUCUGGAAUUUUGAAUGAAAAAGAACAAUCAAAAUUCGAAAAAUGGAUAAGAGAAAAGUACGACAUCAAGAUCGAUGAAUGGCCUGAAUACAUGCCAAGUGAUUUCCUCGAAGCAUUCCCAACACCAACAUUGAAUUCUGUUUGCAUCGAGUUCAAUAAAUUGAGACCUUUAGAUGCUUCGAUUUGUUCGAAACAAGGCGGUCAUGUUAUUCCUCCUGCUUAUUUACCAAUCAUUAAUCAUGUGACACAAAUAAUGUACACUAACUUGAACUUGUUAUUGUAUUCUCCUGAUCAAACACGUCUUGAUUUGUUCCUUGCGAUUUUGUACCAAGAAAAUCCUGACAUGAAACCACUUUCCAUUCAUUCUUCCAACGAUUUGUCAGCGGCAAACAUCGCGAGAUUCAUCGAGAAAAUGACGAAUUACUCAGACAAAAACACAGAUUGGGACUGCAACUAUGUUUUGGUAGUUGAAAACAUCACGGAAACACAUAUAAUCAUGAUGGAAUUCUUAAGAAUGAUCAUUGAAGAAUCAAAAGUCAGAUUGUCAUCUCCAUACGAUCCGAAAUUCAUUGAAUUCAUUAAAUUGCCACCAAUAAGAAUCAUUGUAACAACAAAUGAUAUCUCAACAUUACCAGGACGAUUCCUUUCACACUUCCUUCCAAUAAGACUUGAUGAAUUAAACGCAAGUUCAUCAAGAGUUGUUGGCAAGAAAUAUUUGCAAAGUUCUGGUUUAUCGGCACUCAAAUGCGAAUGGAUUUCGAAGUUUAUUGUCGAUGUAUUCGAACAACUUGAUGAAGACAACAUUUCCAGGUUCGCAUCUAAUUGUGCGAUGAAGAUAAACCAAUAUGCUGAUAAAGCAAACACAAUUCUUUGUACAAAGAUGAUUAUAGCUCUUCUUUAUUACUACACUUUGCAUAAAUACGAUGUCAACUAUUACAAAGACGUUGUUAUGCAAAUUGCUGAUGAAACACUUCCAACACCUUUCGAAAAGAAAGUUGUACAAGAAUUCCUUGAUUACAGUUCUCUUUGCAAUGUAGGUAUCGAUAAGGAUGGUAAUAUUGAACUUAUAGAAUGUUCUUAUGAACAAUACUAUAAGAACAUUGCCGAAAUGUACAAUAAAGCGAAAGAAAAACAUGAAGACAUCAUUAAUUUCGAUUUCAGUCCUUUGUCAAUGAGAAGUUUCGCUUGUUUGUCAUUUGCAAUCAAAGAUUCCGGAAAGAAUAUUAUUUUCAUUGGCCAUGAUAUCACUAAGAAACUUGCUUACACGAAGUUUUACGCUUACGCAAAUGAUUACAAUUUUGUUCAUAUGAGUAGAAAAUUCACAAGACGCGAAUUCUUCGAAAAACUCAAUGAAGCAUUUGUUAACGCAAUGGAUGAUAAGAAGACAAUGUUCUUUGUUGAACCAGAAUCAGUUGAAAUCGCUGAAGAAUUCUUGAAGAUGUGUACAAAUGUUUGUUUCACACAAUUCUUUAAUUGUGAUGAAAAAUGCAAUUGUUCGAUUUUGAAAGAAAAAAUGGCCAAGAAAUUUGGAGACAAGAAAUCUUUCAAAGAAUAUUACGAGUGUGUUGAUAAAUUACUCUCCAGUUCUUUGUCAUUCGUUGUAAGUACUCAUGAACCUAUUUCUUUAACAGCAGGUUGUUAUUUCUUUGCUCCUGUUUAUCCAACAGAAAACGACAUCAAAUAUUUGUACACAAGGUACGCAAGAGAAUCAGAGUACGAAUCAUUCUUUGUAGACACAGUUCCUGAUGCUUGGAAGUACGUCUACAACCUUUGUUUCCAUGCACAUCCUGAUGGAUUACCUUCUGAGUUCAUUUCCAAGUUUAUCCACAUUUUCUUCAACAUUUCGAAACAAAGAAACAAAGAGCUCGAUAAACACUUUGAAAAGUGUACAAUUGCAGCUCAAUGCUUCCUCGAAAUGGACCAUGAAAUGAAGAAUAUCCAGCUCAAACUAAAUCUCCUUAAUCCAAAUUUGAACGCUGUAAGAGUUGACUCAGAAACAUUGUCAAGAUCUUACAAUGUAAGGAAAGAAUCAAUUGAAUCGAGAAGAGAAGUUUUGAACCAUGAUUUGAGUAUCAAAAAGGAAGAACUCGAGAAACUCGAAUCAAUUGUUUCAAAACAAACAGAAAAAUACAAAUCUUUGGAACCAUUAAUUAACGAAAACAGACAACAAGUUGAAUCUUUAACAAGCAAUGAUAUAAAGACUAUAUUAAUUGCUACAGAAGAUCCUUCUCCUUUCGUUAGAUCACUAUUGGAAUGUCUAUGUAUCUUCAUGAACAAAGAACCUGAUUUCGAUAAAAAUGGUGUUCAAUUGUUACACGAUGAAAAAUUUGUCGAAACAAUUUUGAACAACGUGAAACCAUUUGUUUUAGGACCGUACGAACAAGGCCAACUCAAGAGGUUCUUGAGCAGAGAAGAGUUCAAGAAGAUCAACUGGGAUUUGAUACCUCCUGGCUUGAAAUACAUUUUCGAUUACAUUGUAAAUAUCGAAGCAAUAACUGCUGUUAGAGAAGAAUUGAAUUUGAACGCGACAAAACUCGAAACAUUAACUGAUGAAUACAACAAAUUGGAAGAGACAACGAACAAUGAACUCAAGACAUUCGAAUCUGUUGAAAUUGGACUCGCAAAGGAUGAAAUCGCUCUCAAAGAAUUGACUCAACAACUCGAGAAAUAUGAAGCAGAACAUAAACAACUUUCUGAGAGAUUGGCGGUUUUGUCAAAAUUGGCAGAUUCACAUGAAUUACUUCGUAACUCCUGGGAGAAUGAUUUGAACAACAUGCUGAUGUUGAAACGUGAAAUCAUCGUUAGUGACUUGUUGUUUGCUUAUUCGACUACUUAUUUAUUGUCAAUUCACGAACGCGAAAGAAAACAAAAAUUCGAAGAAGGAAAAGACAUUGUUAAACCAAUAUUAGAAGUAAAAGAAGACUAUAAUGAGUUCAUGAGCAACUUCAUGUUCAAACAGUUCCCUGAUCACUCUGUAAACAGAAUCGAUUGCAUCUCAGGAAACACAAUAACAAUUGCCAUAACAAUUGCAAUGCAUUUAAUGUACACUGUUUUAGUUGUUGAUAAAAAUGGCUUUGCUUUGAAGGCUUUUGAAAGUGUUCCUGGAACAAAGAUUGUUUCACAGAGUAUCUCUAAUAUAGACAAUGCUAUUAAAGAUGCUAUGGAACAAGGAACAGUUUUGGUCAUCACAGAUAUCCAUAAAACAACUCCACUUUUGUUGGAUGUUUGCGACCAAUUAACACCAAAUGGAGGAAACAAAGUUUUCCACAACAACGAAACAAUCGAAGUCAAAGAAGGCUUCAAGGUUGUGUUGUAUACUGCAGGAGAUCUCCAUGAAGUACCUGAGAACUUGAACACAAGAAUCAUAACAAUCAGAUGCGAUACAGACAGAUCUCCAAUUAUCAAUGAUUACUUCAAUUCUGUAAUUUUGCAGUUCUUGAAGAAAGAUGAUCAGAAAGACUACAUUGCAGCAUUGGCAGUGAAGAGACAGCAUAAGAUCCAAACAAAGAACUCAAUGCAGAAGGCUUUGGAUAUAAUAACAGCUGUCGACGCUGAUACUUUCCUUUUAGAUGUCAAAAGAAUUGAUGAAUUUUGCGAAAGUAAGAAUUCUUAUAUGAUUGGAGCCGCAGAGAACGAAUCUAUACCUGAAGAAGCUGCUUAUUACGAAGAAAUUGCUCCAUUCAAGGAACACGUUGAACUUCUAGCUACAAUAUGGUUUAUUUUGUCUCAAAGAAUCAUUUUGUACGCCCCUUACGUUACAUUUGAUUUAGAAUGUUUCGGAACAAUUUUAUAUAAUUGUUUGACACAUGAUGGCAUCAGUUCCAAGUGCAAUGAGAGUUUAUUAAAGAAGUUAAAGUCUUCUUUGAUAAUAUCAUGCAUUCAAAAUGCUUAUCUCUCAUUGUCAUUCUUCUCUGCAACUUUGUUCGCCUUCAGAUUGGCUUAUUACAGAGAUCAAAAGAUUGAUAUCGAUAAGCAACAGGUGACAGAAAUAUUAAAUGCAUUUUGUUCAAGAGUUGAUGAUCAAUUGGCCUAUGAUUCAAGAUUUAUUCCUGAUAAAGUUGACAUUCCUUUCAUUUUGGGAUGUGCUGCUCCAGACAUUUUACCAAGUAUUCUCAAAUACAUCAAGAAUAAUACUGUUGAGAACUUUUUGACAUUGAUUUCACCUUUCCAAGCUGAAACAAUGCUUUCCUCGAGUUCCACACAAGCAACAUUAGUCAUUGCACCUAAAGAUGCUGAUCCAACACCUUUAAUUUAUAGCUACGCAAUGCAAAGAUCACAUUUAGAUGCUUUAUGUGUUGUUUCAAUCACUGAAUCUAAAGAAUCAAUUUCCAUUGCAGAAAAAGAACUUUCACAAGUUCUUAAGACUGGUUCUUUAGCUAUAAUUCAUUAUACAACACCAAGUGAAGAAGCAGCAUCAGUUAUUGCUGAUGUUCAUUCGAGAAUGAAGUCAGGACAAGCAGAUCCAAACUUUAGAUUAAUUGUUGUUUGUCAUUCUCCUGCUUUCUUGCCGGAAAGAUUGAUUUCGGAAGCCAAGAAGAUGAGUUACGAACCAGAGAUGUUCUGCAGAUUGUUUGCACAGCAAUUGUUCACAAGACACUCAUCAGCAAUCCAAGUUUCAACGAAUACUGUUCAAAUCAAGAAACUUUCUUUCUCAAUUUUGUUGCAAAUCAUUUUGGCAAACUCCAGAUCAUUCUUCAGACAUGGUGGUUUCAUUAACCAACUCACAAUGAAUGUUGCCUCUUUUGCUGAUAUCGUCAGACAAGUUCCUUUGAUUGUUGCGGCCUCUCCAAGUGAUGUACAAUGCGAAAACUUGUACCAGCAAAUCAUGAGAUUGGUUUUCCCAGGAAUUUCUGAUCCAUUCGACAGAAGAUUGAUUGAUGCAAUGUGCCGUUCUAUAAUAAGUCCGGAAGUCCUAAACGAAGGAUUCAGCAUCACAGGAGAUCCCAAAUCAGCAUGGACAGUUCCAGGAGACAUUCCUAUUUCAUCAAUCGCUCAACAAUUAGUUUCUUUGCCUUUGAUUCCUGAACCAAAAGCUGUAGGCAUGUCUAAAUCAGCAGCAAGAAUCAGAGAUUUAGUUGUUGCUCAGACACUGAUGUAUGAAUUUGGAAACCAACUCAUCCAAAUACAAACACACGAAGAUAUGCAGAAAACACUGCAAGAAAACCUCGAAAAAGUUCCUCGGUGUUUGUCAUCAAUUGAUCCAAAGAAAUUCUCAAGUGCAAAAGGUCUGUUUUUGCUUCACGAAGUUGAGAAAUUCAACGAAGUUGUUUCUUUAGUUUCAAGUACAAUUGAAAACACAAUAAGAGGUGUUAAAGAAUCAAUUCCUUUAUUGAUGAACAAAGUUCCUGAAGAAUGGAAGAGUUUGUCGAAGAUUUAUUCCUUCAACAAACCAUCAACAUUCAUCAAUCAUCUUAAAGAUAUCCACGCACAAUACUCCAGAUGGUUGCAAGAAUCGAUUUCUCCUGUUGUUGAUGCUUCUUGUAUUUUCGACUUAAAUGCAUUUUUGAAUUCGCAUUUGGUUGAAGUUUCUUUGCAAAAGAAGAAAGAAGUCAAUCAUCUCGAGUACAAAUUCUCAAUAGCCAAAGAGAAAGAAGAGUUAGAAGAUGGAGAUCUCUUAUUAUGUGGUAUCUAUUUGGCAUUUGGUGAUGUUGAUGAGGAUGGAUCAAUUGUUUUACCAAAAGAAGAUGAAAUUCUAAAUGUUCCAUUCAAGAAACUUCCAGGAAUCAUCUGCAAACCAAUCGAAAUCGCGGAAGAACCAGAAGAUGAAGAGCAGAUGAUGAGAUCUCAAGUUCUACAAUCUCAAGGACCUCCAACAUUGACAUUCCCUCUCAUUUCUCAGGCAACAACUGUUGAAGGCGUUUCAGAAGCAGAAUGGGGAAUUGAUUUAACUGUCACAGGUGAUGAAUACGAAUAUAUUCGGGCAGGCACAGCUUUCUAUGCUAAUGUUCAAGAACAAUUUAUUUAA